AUGAAUGAGAGCAACGGCACCAACUUAUAUUCAGCGCAAUAUCCAUAUAACUUUACAGAAAACACUGCUACCAAUUUAACUUCAAAUUUAUGUGAUUUUCCUCCAUCUGCCAAAAACCUCGCUAUUUCAUUACUGUUAAUAGGAAUCUGCAUCGUCACCUUUUUCGGAAAUUUAGCCGUUUGUGUAACAGUGUAUGCUAACAGGGCUUUGCACAGCACCACAAAUUUCCUUAUCGUUUCGUUGGCUUCCGCAGACCUGCUGGUUUCCCUUCUCUCUAUGCCGUUCAGAAUCUACUAUAUGCUACACAAUGAAGUCUGGUGUCUUAACUUCAACGUCUGUGCGCUCUGGAUCUGGGUUGACCUGGCUGUCUGUAGUGCGUCCAUAGGCAGCCUUGCAGCUGUUUCAAUCGAGAGGUUUAUCGCUGUCAAGCAUCCUCUUCGCUACACAGCUAUCUUGACGCGGCGGACCGGCCUUACGAUGAUCUUGAUCGUGUGGUCGUACUCCGCCCUCUGGGCUUCUCUUGGUCACUACAACUGGACUUCCAACCGAUGGGAGACAUUCAGGACGCACAUGGGCUGCGGAAAAAACGAUCGUCUUUAUUACACGAUUGUGUCGAGCGCUGCGUUUUUCUUGCCGCUAACAAUCGUCAUUGGAGCGUACUCGUAUCUCACUAAAGUGGCUUUUCAGCAACGUCGGCGAGUACUCGCCAACAUGGUUGGUCCAACGGAUGAGGCCGAUAAACACCACAAGUCGCUUCGACGAUCACGUAUCUUGCACGAGCUGAAAGCAGCAAAAAUGAUGGCGUGUGUGGUUGGUGCUUUCUGCAUAAGCUGGUUGCCAUUUUUUAUUCUCUUGCAUUUAAGUCUGUGGCACAGUCUUCAACGAAUUCCUGCAGUUGGCACCAUUUUUGUUACCAUUCUUCCUAAUCUGAACAGCUCGCUAAACCCUUUCUUGUACAUAAUGUUUACAAGAGAACUCCGAGAGUACGUCUGGAAGAUGAUUAAGGCACUGCCAGGCAUCGCACAUUACCGCGCUAAUUCGAGGAAUUCCGUUGAAGGGUCAUUUCAAACUCUAAGGAUGACCAUCGCAAACACAGAUUUGCAACAAUCUCUCGAUCUAUCAACGCAAUUUAUAAAGUGAAAAUCACUGUGGCCCUAAAAGUGUAGGCUUUCAGUUGUAAUUCUAAUAUAUAGAUUUAGCCAGGGCUAAAAGCGAGGCUCCCAUUAGUAAAUUUAUAAUUUAAAUUAAACAAUAAACUUGUAUUCGAAUUCCACAAUUCAGUUAACUUUAGAGCACAUUUAUGUGACUUUUGAGGGAAAGGCUACCUGAUUUUAGAGAAAAAUAAUUUGCAAACAGCCCAAGAGUGAACCAAAUCUUACAUCGAGUUGAUAGCCUCAUAUGUACACUCAAAAACUGGUAAUCAUCUUUUAUCACAUUUAAGAGCCGUAAUGGCUAUUGAUCACCGUAGAUCAAUUAGGCUUAGAAAAAAAACCAGGCCAACGUUUUGGCGUUCGUCAAGUUUACUUUGCAAAAUCUUGCCAACAAAUCUGGGUGCGUGUAAACCAACCUUUUAUACCAUGGACAGAAAGCAGUAUUUCACAAUACAAAUUGCUCUCAUUCAAUAUUCAUAAACUGUUAAAAAAAUUUUCCAAAAUCACCUAUACGGCCAUCCGGUUCUCACUUUUGUAGUGCGAGCUGUAGAGAGUGUUUGAAUGAACAUUAACAGAGUUACGCUCCAAGAUAAUAAAGAAUUUAUCAUGUUUAUUUUUUAUUUGAUGGUUUAACGCGCGGCAUUUUGAGAACUCCUGCAAGCGAUGUUCACUGAACGACUGAAAACAAUCGGCAUAGCGAUUAAAAUUGCAAGAGAGACUACUAACAAUCAAUAAAAGAAAUAUAAUUCGGUGAAACAUAAACAGAGACAACAAUUUUCAUUCAGGAAGACAAGUAUUAAAGUGUCCCUAAAUAUCCUGAAUCUUCAAGCUUCAAGCUUAAGUUUGCUGAAGUUUAUGUUUUAAGCCAGCUUCCCGGUGUUUGUUUUUUCAAAGACGAACUCGAGGCAAGAAAAUCGCUCAAAGCUUUCUUUUCCGGCUAGAAUUAUAACUAAAGAUUCUUUGGAACAUUUUCUUUCUAUUUGCGGUGAGAAACUGUCUAGAGGCUUUUUAAAGUUCUGUAAGAUUAUAUCAAACCAGAUACUCGGUGAGAUCGUUGUCUCAAAUCUAAAUUCCCGCAUAAACUACGCUCCACUUCAUUAAAUUAGAUACAAAAAACAAACAUGAAAUACAAUAAUUUCUCUGGCUUACCAUUCGAGAUGCAGCUCCUGAAAGUUAUCAGGUAAAGCCAGUAUCGCUUCAGACUUUGCAAUCCUCUCACGCAUCAAGCAAGGUGAAAACGAAAACGAUGCCAUCCGAAAUCGGAUUUCCGACUUUGACAAGCGACGUUUUCUCAACCAAAAACCCAAUAAACAAACUAGCCAUGAGUAACAGAAGACUCCUGAUAGCAGCUGAAUUUCAUUUUGUACAUCCAGUGGAAAAAGACAGUUAAAAACAUCACAAGUUGACACAAAACUCUGUCAGCUUCAGCUGUUAAAGUAAGCAAGAUUCAAGAUGCUGCAUAAAUUUUGCGCAUGAACUCACCUGUCAAAUUUUGACCAAUCAGAGCAUAAAAAUUGGACGUAGAGCGUGACCAACGCGUGACCAUUGUGAGAAAAAACAAAAGCAACUGUCUUCCCUGCCUGUAACAGCUGGCUGAAUUUUCACGUCCGAGGUCAGUUUGCAAUCAAAAUUUUAAUUGUGCAGCACAUAAACACAACAUAUUUCAUAUGAAUUAAGAAAAAAAAAUUGAACUUGAGCCUGCGAUCACUUGAAAACUAGUUUACUUGUCAGCGGAUAACUUCAAAAAAUACUUGACCUCGACGGGUCGACGCCUGAGCCCGCGAUACGGUCAAGUGAUACUGGUCAGCGGGUACUCUGUUUUGACAGCUGUCAAUUGAUCAAAACAUUGAUGUCCAAUAUGUGCGCAUUAUCAGUUUUCCUGUGCUCCCAAACUAGUAAAAGUAUGAGAUUGAACGUUGUUCGCGAUCUAGUAAAACAGUUAACUGGUCAGCGGACAGCUUCCAAAUAAAUCACGUCACCUCGAUGAGUUGACACAUGAGCCCGCGAUAUGGUCAUGGGAUACUGGUCAGUGGCUAUCCUGUUUGGACAGCUGUCAAUUGACCAUAUUGUUAAUGUCCUAUAUUAAAGAUGUGGACUUGCCAAGACACGCCUGAGACACCCCUCCCUUCCUUUUGAUAGUCUCCCCUACCCCACCCAUACAAUCUGUAGACGCGUACGUACGUACGUACGUACGCUCGGUCAAUCACGUGACAACCAAACGAAAAGAGGUUGACCAUAUUCCAUGGGUAUGGGGCUCUGUCCCACGCGCGCUUCGCGCGCGCGGGAGCCCCGCUAAUAAAAAUGGAUAUCUCAUUUAAAUAAAUGAAGAUUAAUGAAAAAGUAUCUCCGCUUUCUAUCUGGGCAAUAAUUAUUUCUACCAGUUAGGAAUUUUUAACUAUUUCAACGUGUCUAGGGAGAAGGUAAUCCAUCGCACACGCAAUAAUCUUUCAACAUCGAUUUAUAAGUUGAAUGAUUGAGUGACUGAUUGGUUGGUUGACUGAUGACGUCUUCGCUUAAUUCUCCAUAAGUUCAUACCGUACCUUUGUGGCUCUUUUUAGUCGAUUGAACAAAUUAAGUUUACAAUUACCAAUAAACCUCUUUCCGCAAACUUCACGUGGUUUUUUGUUUCCUUAUUUCAGCCAUACACACACUAAGCACUUUAGAACAACGUUAAUUGUGAUGACAGAAAUGACGUCAAAAUUUUCAAAACUCAAGUGGCACCACAACGGCAAAGUUUUGCACAUAAUGUUAAAUGGCGUUUAAUUUCUAUGUUCGAUAAGAAUAUAAACCAUGGCAAAUUGUUCGUUGGAAUUACAAAGAUUAAAGGUAAAUGAAUGACAUCCCGAAACGUUUUUAUUAAGCAAUACCUCUUUCCUAAGUUAUCCCAUGAAUAACUUUUUAAAGGAAAACAAACUUCCAUGGCAGGGUCGGGAUAAAAGUAUACACGAAGAGGCAAAUACGGUCAACUUUCUCAAAGCUACCACCUCCCACAAGCGACCACUUUGUAAAUAACCGUUUUAUUUCAAAAACUCUCUCGUAAGCGACAACAACUUAAAUUUCUUAAACGACCGCGAUCACUCUUUAGGCCAGGAAUAGACCUCUUUACCUUGUAAGUUUUGUUUUCCCUAUAAAGGUCAUGUGAUAAUACGCUACAGAACUGUCCCUUCAAAUUUCGUCUAAUUCACGCGCAUAUCUGCGCAUAAUUUAUGCGGAAAAGAGAAAGGGACAAGUUCCCCUGGGACCUCUUUUGGGAAAACAAAACAUACAAGGUAAAGAGGUCUAUUUUUUUGGUUUUCUGAUUCUGGUAAGCGACCAGCCUGCAUAAUCACGUAUGAUUCCGGUGGAAUGGCAUCUAGAAGUUUAGCGAGUGACAACAACAUGCGCAUUCGGUUACAACAUACAAAAUCGGUCAGUUAAGGAUCACGUAGCUAGACUUAAAAUAUCAAGUUUAGACACCAAAAUAAGCAAUUUAGGCUAUCAUUAUUACCAAAUGUCCGCAUGUAAAUUCCCCGUGCAUUUCAACUGAACUCCAAUCUUCUACCAAGGAAAAGUUAUGUGUGAGGACUGUUGUCAUCCUUUUAGUUGAUUAUUGCAUGACAAGAAGGCAUUAUUACCUAAGAAGUAUAAGACAGAAAGAUUUGACUGUAUAAAUGGUCUAGUUGUACCUUGUAACUUAUUGUCUAAAAAGUUAGCUUUUUGCCGCUUAAUUUAUAUCCCGACCUUUCGGAAGUUUGUUUCCUGUUUUAAAGAGCCUUAUACACCGGUUAAUUUAGAUAGAUAGAUAGAUAGAUAUAUCCCGACCUUUCGGAAGUUUGUUUCCUGUUUUAAAGAGCCUUAUACACCGGUUAAUUUAUGGACAAAGGUCUUCGCACAGUUUUAAAUAAUAAUUAUGAAAAAAUAACUUUGAACAAGACGGUAAAAAAUAAUAUGUACUUAGAUAAAUAUAUUGAAGCGGCCUUCAAAAUGUGAAACGUCUUUAAAACAGACUCGGUUAAUUGCACCAGAAGUGGAGUUCCUGGGAACGAAGCACUGUUAUUGUUUUGUUUAGCUCUAUUGGCCUUAAUUGGUUUAUCGUGCACGUUAAAAGCAAAAAAAACAUCCUUGAAAUAUGUCCAGUUCCCUGUUUUUGCGGGAGCCAUUGUUUGCGAAGAAAAACAGGAAAGUUCAGGGCGGUUAAAAUAUAUUCUAAGAGAAAAAAUUGAAAGAAUUUUCGGUAAGAUUAAUAGAUUCCCUACUUUAUCGAAUCCGCAACGCCUGUUAAAAAUUCAUUACUUGUACAUUAAAUGUAUCGUCACGAUGGAAUACGAAAGUGAAAGCUCAUAUAUCUUUAUUCAUUUUGUGGCUAAACUAGCUACUCGCACCCCUGUAUUAAGUAAAAGAAUUAAUGUUUGGCUGUUACAGUUUCGAAUAGAAUGCUCAAGUUGAACAUCUUUUUUAAGGUCUCGGUAAAGGAAAACGAGGUGCCCACAGAAAAAAAUUCUAGUUGCGCGAGUAUUUUCGCUACAAAGGCAAGUUAUAUAUCAAAUUAAAGCUAAAAAACUAAAUUACCUCAUAAAAGAUUUUACCUUAUCGAAUUUCAAAAGGCGCUUAAGUUUUUUGCUCUCGAACUCAGAGAUAUCGAGUUUACUGCUGAAGCUCCAGCCCUUUCGCGUUGUUAAAUAUUCACUUCCUUUUUAUUGCAUCUGAUUGACAGAUAAAAGACCUAAAAAAGGGUGUGAGGAAUUUUCCGAUUUCCUUUUGUAACUCAUUUUAUGUCAGUUUCUUUGCGUAAAUCGCGCUCGAGAUUCGACUUUUUAGUUUGAAAUGCAAUAAUUCCGCUAAUACGAGACAUAUGCAAAUUUCCUCACACCCUUUUUUAGGUCUUUUAUCUGUCAAUCAGAUUCAAUAAAAAGGAAGUGAAUAUUUAACAACGCGAAAAGGCUGGAGCUUCAGCAGUAAACUCGAUACCUCUGAGUUCGAGAGUAAAAAACUUAAGCGCCUUUUGAAAUUCGAUAAAAUAAAAUCUUUUAUAAGGUAAAAUAGUCUUUUAGCUUUAAUUUGAUAUAUAACUUGCCUUUGUAUCGAGAAUACUCGCGCGACUAGAAUUUUUUAACUGUGGGCACCUCGUUUUCCUUUACCGAGACCUUAAUCAAAGUACUAGUUUAUACAAAAUGGAAAAGUCUCAAGUCAUUUCAAAAGAAUUUAAAAAAUGCUUGUUUUCUGUUAUGGUCCUCUUCUUUGCUCAUUUUCUUAACGACUGUAGGAAAGAAUGAGCUAGAACGAUUCCAGAUAAAUCGCGUGUUAAAGGCAAGAAAAAUAACAACCCACGAUGGUCCGGGAUCGUGACGCCGACUCCUUCUUAAUUGAAAUGACGCAAGUAGGUUUACAGUUUCAAAUUUUCAGUCAAGGUUAACCACCAGCAGCAAGCACGUUCACUCCGAACCUCAUCAUUUCGACUGCACAUCUGUGUUUACCAGGUCAACUUAUUAUGGCUUAGUUGAAAAAAUGUUGAACGUAAUUAUAAAAUAUACCUUCGUGAAUCAGCAGCAAAGAGGACGAGAAUAACACAAAGAAUUUUUUCUACUAAAAAAGUUUAACACAGCCUGCGAGCAAGCUAGUUUUAUAGAACUAUAUUGCCUUUCCUUUUAUACACACUUCCAUUUUGUACAAACAAUUAUUCGUUGUGAUGCAAAUAUAUGUACAAUAUUAUCUUUAGACUGCAAUAACCAAGUCAAUAUUCUCUCCCUCUACAGCUACAGUGCAAGCAAAAAACAGCUUAUCUAAUCCUUCUCAAGUGAUUCAUUUUUCUCCAGGCGAUGAUCCAAAAAUUGGACUUCACUUUGCCAACGAAAAUUUUAACUGAAAUUAAGAGGGCGAGCAUUGCAUUAAAGUUCAAAAAACAUAGCAAUCAAGAUUUGAUACUUUAAAGGUCGUUGGUCGUGUGUUUCUUAACACGGACGUUUUCGUUUUGCAUUCUAACAAUAACUUUGAGCUUUUUACUAUUUUCCGCACACAAAUCAUUAGCAAAAAUUGAUAAGCCCUCAGAUCUAUCAUAAACUGAAUUACUGAAACUAGACAAAAAAAGAUAAACUGCAAUUUCGUCCUACUGUCAUCAAAAUAUGAAAUAUUCUAACCUUGCAAAAUUAAAACGCUGUUUCUGUUGCUCAGGAACAGGUGAUAAGUAAGAGAUGUCACUUCUCUUAGUUAAACAUAUUUUGUGGUUAUAUGCAGUUUAAUGAAAAAAUUUGGUGACAUAUAUUAGCACAGACAUACAUUUGAAAUCGAAAUUAAAAAAAAUAAAAACAAAAAACAAAAAAACAUAACUCUGAAUAGGAACGCCAGACCUAUCCAUCCGUCAGAGCUACAUGUAGAGCCCACAAAAUGUAAUGUAACUGUGAAAAUACAAGGUUUUAUCGCUAUUCCAUUCGUGACCAAUACUAAGAAAUGCUCACAAAGCAUUUACUUCUUUCAGCAUGGAACUGUGGUAUCUGACAAUUAUUUCUGAAAUAAAAUUCUGCUCGUUUUAAAAGCAUAUCUCUAUCAAGUAAGCUUAGAUUGAAAGAGCAUCAAUAGUAGACUUCUACAUAUUUCUCAAAUUUUGAGGUAAAAAAUUGCAGUUUACAAGCACUUUAAAUUUAAGUGCACACAUUGUUUAGAAUUCAUUCCGAGACUUUUGUCAAAGCGCUGUCAUCCUACCCCAGGGCCGGACAAACUUUUGUCAAACAUCAAAAAUGUAAUAAAACCGUCAAUCAAUCCAUUUUAUACGCGACUCGGGCAAGGCAAAAUUGUUCUCAGUAGCGCACUUUUCACCGGAAAAGCCUAAAUAACAGGCGAGUUGAAUUUUGGUAUUUUUAGAGAGAAUUUCCCUCUUUCUGGUCCACAAGCGUUGUCAAAUUUUGACAUGAUUGUCAGGAAAAAGGGAACAAAGUCACACUGUAAAUCAGAUCUAGAUGCUAAAACCUGCCUCUAUGUUUCAAACAAAACCCUUGGCUGCGGCAAGAUUAAAUUAAAAGUUUUCCACUACAGCUAUAAGUUUACGUUUUUUAAAGUUUCUAAAGUCACUCUAGCCUUUCCUCCUCCCUCGGGUUCCACCGCUAACUAUAAGGUCCUUUGUCGUGACGAACAAUUCCUGAAAUGGGAAAAACGAACAUAAAGGAUCGCACCAAAUGGGUGUUACUGAGAUGUCACGCAACAAUGAAGCAUAGGAUAAAAUGAACGGGGCUUUUCAGAGAUAAUGAAACAAAAAAAAAUUAAAUGUUACAUAACACUUCACAGCUUGAAGGAGGUGAACCAGUUGGCUACUUUACAAGCGUGGCCGGCGACUUAAACUGAGUCAAGUCUAUAACCGCCCGGCUACGUUACGUCAAACGCUACGUUUAUCAAACGUACUACGCGUUAGCGAACGCUAAGAUUCAAAUUUCAUCGACUCUAAGAAAGAAGCCCAAUUUCCAGCCUGUUUUCAACCAUCACCAUUCGAGGGCGUGUACCAAAACCCUAAACACCAAAACAAGCCGGGACACUCGGAAAAAAGCCCGAAACAGCCCAGAAAACCUGUCCAAAGGUAAAGCGAAAAGGACUAUCAGAGACACUAACCCUAAUAUAUACAAUAAAUGUUUUCCUUUUUGUUUUUAAUUAUUUGUUUGAGUACAUACUCCUUUCGCGGUCACCUUUAACAAAAUUGACAUAAGACGAACCUGUACCUGCACGAUAUACUUUCCCAAUACAAUUUUAAAUUCUGAUUUCUCAAGUCUAAAUUAAUUUACAUCUCUGAAAGUCCACUUGUAAAAUCGUCUGUUUUCAGAGAUUGCACCUUUCGCUACAGCAAAGACAUGUCUUUAUAACAGGUGGUGUGUGGUGUUAUACGAGAAUUGAUGGUUGUAUGAAUGUAGGAAAGAAAUGCUGGCGCAAGGAGUACAACAUAGAUCAAUUUCUACUUGAAUCUGGUAACACAGCGAGUUAAUCAUAACAUACAAGUUCAAAGGCGAGUAAUGUGUUGUUAUGGAAACCUAUUCUUUGAGGAUGGUAUGGCAUAUUUUAUAACAUUGCCCACCUGAUGAUAGCAGAGAGAAGAGAAGAGAAGCUUCUCUACUGUCAUCUGGGUGAAAGACUGUCGCUCCAAAAAAGGCCUUAAACAGUGCCUAGGAGGUCUGAAAUGCAGUCAGAAUACAAAGAAAAACAAGAAGACGCUAAACGUAAACUUCAAAGCGAUAUUCAAUGUACAUUUUGCUAAUUUAGUGAGCAAAGAAUAUUUCUCAAUACAACGUCUUAUAAUUUUCUUGCUGUAUGAAUAAUUAAUUAGCUAAGUAGGAUAAUGUUGUUCAGGGCUCGCAUAGUGAGCUUGGGCUACCUGUGAUGGUAUCACAGUUUCUACAGAUUCACAGUGUAGUUAAUUGUCGCCUAAAACCACCCAGACUAAAUGCUUACUCUUAAAACACUUUUUUAAGUUUCAGUAUAGGAGAAGAAAAGGCCGCCUUAUUGAAUUAUUUAUACGACUGCGUCAAGUACGACUGUACCGUGGUGACGUGAAUUCAAAACGCUUUUGGAGAGUUUAUUACCCAGCAAGCGCGUAGAUCUAUCAACUACUGAUGAAAUAGUAAUGACAACACUCUAUAUUGUCUCUUUGGAUCGUUCGGCCUUCAACAAAGUACAGGUGGGGAUAUUUCAACGGUUCACCAUUGUGAACCGUAUUCUUUAAAAGUAAACAGAACAUUUUCUUUGUAAAUACACGGUUCACCAUGGUGCACCGUUGAGAAAUUGUCCAGACUGUAUUAGCUAAUUCAAAAAUAACCCGUAGAUAGGGGCCGUCGUAACAUACUCUUCCAUUUCGGUCAGUAAAUUUACCAAACGCCGCUUUCGAAUUAACAACAAGAUGAAAUAAAGAAUGGUGAACCGUUGGUGAACCGUUACACGCGAUAAACUCGCGUGUCACCACAUUCAUAAUUCAAUUAACCCAUAUUAAAAUACGUUCCGAACAAAUUUUAAAAAAGAAAACACUUGAACACUUUAAAUCAUACCUUCACAGGUUUUUAGUUUUUCGGCUGUAGUCUACAAAAGAAUCCGAAAACAUUGUGAAAUUGGCCGAGCUGUCAUUAAUAUAAACACAGACUCCUUUUACUUGUCACGUACUCUGAAAAGACUGAACUUUCAAUAGUCGUGCGCCAUUCCACACAUCCACCAGUACUCUUUUGGCCGACCCCUUUAUUUCAACUUAGAAGCUACUGACAUUUUGAUAUUAUAAGUAAACUUUCCUGUGAGCUUAAAACUCCACCAUCGUGGUUUUACAUAAAGUACAUAACACACUUGCUUCUGAUCAUUUGUGAAAUGAUAGCCGCGCUUGUACUGUCUUAGAGACGAUAACUACAGUAAAUUGCACCGCUUGUAAUUUGUCACAAUUUUGAAACUCCUCCUGCACGAUAUAAUUUCCCAAUACAAUUUUAAAUUAUGAUUUCUCAAGUCUAAAGAAAUUUUACAUCUCUGAACGUCCACUUGUAAAAUCGUCCGAUUUCAGAGAUUGCACCUUUCACUACAGCAAAGACAAUCCCGUUCAUAAUUGCUGAAACGCUUGCGAGGUUUUCCUUCCCUUUUAAUGUUGAUUUGGAAGACAUUUAUACCCAAGUAAACGCGUGAAAGCGACAUUGAGGGAAGGGGAGCGAAGCAGUGCUUGUAUUCAUGAGACAAAUAAGUUAAUGUCGUGUUUUCCGGAAGUGUUUCAACAGAUUAUGACCGCGAUUGCAGCUAUGUGUGUGAUAUUGACAGAGAAAAAAAAUAAAGCAAAAUUGGUUGUGUCUACCUUGGCAUACUGUAUUUCGCGGACUGGACUGGACUGGACUGGACUAGUAAAACGCGGACUUGUAAAACGCGGACUCAAAAUUUGUAAAACGCGGACUCAAAAUUUGUAAAACGCGGACUCAAAAUUUGUAAAACGCGGACUCAAAAAUUUGUAAAACGCGGACUCAAAAAUUUGUAAAACGCGGACUCAAAAAUUUGUAAAACGCGGACUCAAAAAUUUGUAAAACGCGGACUCAAAAUUUGUAAAAAAAUUCCGGGAGUCCACAUUUCUAACCCCACAUUUAGAAAUAAGCGUUGACAGGCCAAACACGACUCAUAAGCUCGUGAUAAUGUGAAACGUGACCUUGAGAGUCUGCUUGAACAGUGGUUCUCUUUCUUUUUUCUCUCGCGCGAAGGUUACUAGCACUACACAGUGCAAGACGUGUAGCAUUCUAAACUUUGACUGAGUAAAUCUUGUUUUUGCCGCACUAAGUCUUAUAUUUAGAGGUCAUGAAGCAGGUUUGUUACAUGCAUACUGAGUAAUCAUUUCCUGUGAUUUAUGCUUCUGUACUAGGUGUCCCUAACAGGAUUUGAUUUCAGAUGCAGUUGUUAAGUGUUUUAUAUCCUUUGACCUCUGUUUAUUACGGCUGAAUAAAGAUUUUAGUUUUUUUUUUUUUCCGAAAUGGCUGUAUCUGAAUAACUACAUGCAUGCAUGCAAGUUUCUUUGUCCGUGAAUGUGAUUAUUUCCUGCCAUGUCAGUAUGACUCUGGGCCCAGCUCUAUAGUGUGGUUUGCAGGAUUUUGAAUUUCCACGGAUAGUGCGAUCUUCAGAUAUGAGUUGUACACUGUAGCUUAAAAACUAAAGCUACACCAAGUUUGGAGAAAUAUGCCGUGCGUCAGUCAAGAUAAUUCUCUUAGCGCUCACACAGUCCAUUUAGUUUUUCUUAACAAAAGUGAGUCUUUGAACUAGAGCGCGAUGUCUUGUUGUUCCUUCGUAGGUAUUUUCAAAAGUUUUUGCUUAACAGUCAUCUGGGCGACUGCUAUGGAUUCUUAAGCAAAAGCUUAAGCUUAUUUCCUACUGUCAGUGACCUACCAUUACUGCAACCUAGUCAGAUACUAUCAUACCGGUUAAGCCCAAAAAGCAUUUUUGACCUUGAAGGAAACACAACAGAACGCGGAUCAAAGAAACACCUACGCUAUUGGUCACUUUUGCAGCCAAUGGCAAGUUAGUAUUUUCGAUCCUAGCCAUCAGUAUUUAAACAGUCUUCUUCGCUCUCUGUACCUAAGACUUUACCAUAGUAGCAACUGACGAGGAACGCUAUAGUUCCGAAACUGCAGUCUUGCUUAAGAAUCCAUAGCAGUCGCCCAGAUGACUGUUAAGCAAAAACUUUUGAAAAUACCUACGAAGGAACAACAAGACAUCGCGCUCUAGUUCAAAGACUCACUUUUGUUAAGAAAAACUAAAUGGACUGUGUGAGCGCUAAGAGAAUUAUCUUGACUGACGCACGGCAUAUUUCUCCAAACUUGGUGUAGCUUUAGUUUUUAAGCUACAGUGUACAACUCAUAUCUGAAGAUCGCACUAUCCGUGGAAAUUCAAAAUCCUGCAAACCACACUAUAGAGCUGGGCCCAGAGUCAUACUGACAUGGCAGGAAAUAAUCACAUUCACGGACAAAGAAACUUGCAUGCAUGCAUGUAGUUAUUCAGAUACAGCCAUUUCGGAGAAAACCAAAAAAACUAAAAUCUUUAUUCAGCCGUAAUAAACAGAGGUCAAAGGAUAUAAAACACUUAACAACUGCAUCUGAAAUCAAAUCCUGUUAGGGACACCUAGUACAGAAGCAUAAAUCACAGGAAAUGAUUACUCAGUAUGCAUGUAACAAACCUGCUUCAUGACCUCUAAAUAUAAGACUUAGUGCGGCAAAAACAAGAUUUACUCAGUCAAAGUUUAGAAUGCUACACGUCUUGCACUGUGUAGUGCUAGUAACCUUCGCGCGAGAGAAAAAAGAAAGAGAACCACUGUUCAAGCAGACUCUCAAGGUCACGUUUCACAUUAUCACGAGCUUAUGAGUCGUGUUUGGCCUGUCAACGCUUAUUUCUAAAUGUGGGGUUAGAAAUGUGGACUCCCGGAAUUUUUUUACAAAUUUUGAGUCCGCGUUUUACAAAUUUUUGAGUCCGCGUUUUACAAAUUUUUGAGUCCGCGUUUUACAAAUUUUGAGUCCGCGUUUUACAAAUUUUGAGUCCGCGUUUUACAAAUUUUGAGUCCGCGUUUUACAAAUUUUGAGUCCGCGUUUUACAAGUCCGCGUUUUACUAGUCCAGUCCAGUCCAGUCCAGUCCAGUCCGCGAAAUACAGUAUGCCGUCUACCUUACAUUUUGUGGUUUUUACAAAGCACGUUCAUGUACCUAUGAUGACGCACUCUCGACAAGCUGUCUAAUGCGUCGCCAAACGUCGUGCGCCCAAAUUUCUCGAAUCUGACAAGGAAUGGACGAAUAGCAGUCACGUUAACUUAGAAAGGACUUGCAUCGCGACAUAGCCACUUAGAAGAUCAAGCAAGUCACGAAAUCAUGAAUGAAAGCAAGGGCACCAAUUUAUAUUUGCAUCGCGACAUAGCCACUUAGAAGAUCAAGCAAGUCACGAAAUCAUGAAUGAAAGCAAGGGCACCAAUUUAUAUUCAACGCAAUAUCCAAAUAACUUAUCAGAAAACACUGCUACCAAUUUAUCUUUCAAUUCAUGCGAUUUUCCUCCCUCUGCCAAAAGCCUCGCAAUUUCGUUGCUGUUAAUCGGAAUCUGCAUCGUCACCUUCUUGGGAAAUUUGGUCGUUUGCGUAACAGUGUACGCUAACAGGGCUUUGCACAGCACCACAAAUUUUCUUAUCGUUUCGUUGGCUUCCGCAGACCUGCUGGUUUCUCUACUUUCUAUGCCGUUCAGAAUCUAUUAUACGCUACACAAUGAGGUCUGGUGUCUUAACUUCAAAGUCUGCGCGCUCUGGAACUGUAUUGACCUGGCCGUCUGUAGUGCUUCUAUAGGCAGCCUUGCAGCUGUAUCAAUCGAGAGGUUUAUCGCUGUCAAGUAUCCUCUUCGUUACACAGCUAUCUUGACGCGAAGGACCGGCCUUAUAAUGAUCUUGAUCGUGUGGUCUUACUCCGCCAUCUGGGCAACUCUUGGUCUCCACAACUGGACUUCCAACCGAUGGGAGACUUUCAGAACGAACAUGGGCUGCGGAAAAAACGAUCGUCUUUAUUACACGAUUGUGUCGAGCGCUGCGUUUUUCUUGCCGCUAGCAAUCGUCAUUGGAGCGUACUCGUAUCUCACUAAAGUGGCUUUUCAGCAACGUCAGCGAGUUCUCGCCAACAUGGUUGGUCCAACGGAUGAGGCAGAAAAACACCACAAGUCGCUUCGACGAUCACGCAUCUUGCACGAGCUGAAAGCAGCAAAAAUGAUGGCGUGUGUGGUUGGUGCUUUCUGCAUAAGCUGGUUGCCAUUUUUUAUUCUCUUGCAUUUGAGUCUUCACGGUGUUCAAACAAUUCCUGCAGUUGGUACCAUUUUUGUUACCAUUCUUCCUAAUCUGAACAGCUCGCUAAACCCUUUCUUGUACAUAACGUUUACAAGGGAACUCCGAGAGUACGUCUGGAAGAUGAUUAAGGCACUGCCAGGCAUCGCAUAUUACCGAGAUAAUUAG